AUGGCCAGUGCAGGCGCAUACAAGCGCUUGAACAAGGAAUACCUCCAGCUCCAGAAGGAUCCACCAGAGUUCGCCAUCGCCAAGCCGUCUGAGCGAAACAUCCUGGAGUGGCACUACAUCAUCACAGGACCACCCGACACACCUUAUCACAAUGGACAGUAUUACGGCACCCUCCACUUCCCAGCCGAUUACCCCUUCAAACCACCAUCCAUCAAAAUGUGUACACCCUCCGGUCGCUUCCAGUGCAACACACGACUCUGCCUCUCCAUCUCUGACUUCCACCCAAAAUCAUGGAACCCCUCCUGGCAAGUCUCAACAAUCUUGACGGGUCUUGUGAGUUUCAUGACGAGUGAGGAGAUGACGACCGGUGGACUCUCAACCAGUCAUGCAGCGCGUGUCAUGUAUGCGCGGGACUCACGAGCGAGUAAUCUGAAAAACUCGACAUUUGUACGGGAAUUCCCAGAGAUUUGUGAGGAGAAUCGUGUGCAUGUCGCUGCUCAGGAUGCUGCUACUCAAAAAUUACGAGAGACAAGUGGAACAAAAGAGAUGGAGGGAUCUGCUGUGCAGAAUCUAGAGCAUGCGCAGGCGCAACUACAAGGGACGGGUGGUGGUGUCACCAAGCUGCUUGUCGGUGCAGGCGUCCUCAUUGUGAUCCUUGUGCUAGGCCGCCUUCUUGGCGAGUCUUGA